CAAGUCAACUUCUAACAGCGAAACCCCCCAAGGAAUUCUAAAAAAUAUACGUUUAAAUAUUAAGAAAUACAAUUUAACUAUAAAUAGAAGUGAAACACACUCUUUUUAUGUGCGUGGAAAUGUUUCGCGAAACUGCUUUCAAGCCGCUCAUUUAUUCAAUUCUGUGCUGCAUUUUGUUGUCUCAUCAUUAUGUUGAAGGUCAAGCGAAUAAAGUGUCCUCUAAGCUGGAUUUCGAUGAGCACGCGGAGGAUAGGAACAACAACAAUAAUAGCAACAACAACCAGACGGUCGUGCCAGUGCUAAUCGGCCAGGGACAACAGGGGCAGGGGCAGGGGCAGACACAUGGACAGGGGCAGGGUGGCAGCAACUACGAUCAAGGCACGGGUCGCGGCCUGGGCAAUGGACAGACAAACAGCGGAGGUGGUGGAGGGAAUCGGCCGCAGAUACACGGAGUACGCGUAACCGUCGAUACGGGCAAUGGACAACAGCAAACGAAAGAAUCCAAGGAGAGCGUUGAAAUUACGGAUUUGGGUAAACACAAGAAGCGUGUGGGCAUACAUACGGACAUCACGUUCGAAAUUACCGCCGAGGGGGAGGCAAACGAGACAAGCUCAGCGCAGCAGGGCGAGAAGGAGGACGCCAGUGUGCCCAUUUUCAAGGGUCGCGGCGGCAGCGAUUCCAAACACAAGACCCGCAAACCCUACGAUCCCAAAUCACAAUGGAAUCCGAAUUUCUCCAGCGAGCGAAGAGGUUACGAUAGUGGAGGUCGUGGAGGUAGUGGUGGUGGUGGCAGCCGAACUGGUGGCUAUUAUCCCCAAUACUAUCCGCAGCAUUUCUACAACUCGGGUGGCGAUACGGGCAGCGUUUAUCGCAGCGGUGAGACCUGGACGCAUUAUGUGCCUAUUUGGACCACAGAACGCUCGCUGCCACAGUAUAGUGAGGUCUAUCGAAGGCCCAACUGGAACCCCUGCGACUAUAGGCGACGUCGAGACCUCAAUCAAAGAUCAGAUUGUGCCUGUAGCUGCAGUAAAUGUCGCAGCGCACCGUCAUCUCCAAGUACUUGACGGCUAAGUUCUGAGCAAUAAAUUGAAGUUGGUGGAAAAACACAA